AUUUUCAAUUUAUAGACAAUUGAAAUUGAGGUCAUCGACUUGCUGAGGAGCGCUGGAAUCGGAAUCGAAUACUGUGAGAAGUGAGCCGAUGCGCGUUGUGUAUUCAUCUCGGGAUUUCCCCGACUUGAAUUGGGAAACAACAUCGUCAUCAGCGGCAAAUGAAAGUCAGAGUUGUUGUUGGACCUCGUCAUCGUCACUGUCCUCGUAUGCUGGUGAUGUUUGUCCAAAAUGUGAAAAUGUUGUUUUUAUGCCGAAAGCUCGGAAGAUCAUACCGAACCCGAGAAAGAUGGAGAAUACCCCGCGAAUCUCAGAUUUGGACCGAAAUGCGCCGGAAUUUUUUCCUGGGAAAUCGAAACAUUUUACUCGAAAUCUUCUUGCCGAAAGAGCGCAUUCCAUCAUAGAGAGCCGCAGUGACGCUGUAAUCGGAGAUGCGCGCACUACUGGUUUAUCAUGGAGUGAAAAGAAGCUUUCAAGCAUUGUUAAAGUCGGUGCUGAAGGCGACGUAGAAUCAUCUGCACUUCGCGAUGUGCUGGCUAAACAACACAGCGCUGAUUGUGACAUAAAAUACGUCAAGAUUCCGAUCUCGGAGAAAUCCUCAGUAACUGCAUCUGAUCCUGGUCUUUGGUUACCUCUCAUGCAUAAGUCUGUCGUCGAAGGUGGUGAAAAGGCACGUGUCCCUGACGGUCAAUACAUCUUCGUUUUCUGGGAUAUUGAGACUACCGGUCUUACCCUCUUAGACGAGAUUUAUCAGCUAGGAGCUUAUUGUCCCGGAAUGGACAACAAAUUCACGGGAUACCUCAUGCCUACGCGUCCUGUCGAUGAUUCUGCUGCAGAAGCAUUGGAUUUCUGGGUUUUUCGCAGUCCGAUCGACGGUAAAUGUACCUUAUACAGAAGAACAACUGGGGAAAAUUUGCAUGCGAGUCACCGGAAAGACGUGCUGAAGAAUUUUAUAUUGUGGUUACGUCGAGCUGCAAAAUCUGCCGGUUUCCUCGACCCUAGAGGAUCGAUAAUCCUUGUUUCCCAUGGUGAUCGGAUUAUUGACCUACCUCUACUUCUAAAGCUUCUCUCGAAGUAUCCGGACUUGGAGGACGAAUUUGGUCGAUUAAUCUGCGGCUUCGUGGACACCCAGCCGAUUUUCAACGAAUACUUCAAGUCGCUUGGAAGGAACUGUCCAAAAUCGCUGGAUAUCAUUGGACAGGUUACGAUGGGCAAAGCAACUACUGAUGUAAACGGUCCUGCUAACGUGGCUGAGCUUCUGUAUCGAAUUGUUCAAUUCGUUAAGGAUGCCGACAUUGUGCGUUACAAUGAUCGUGAUUUCGCGUGCCAUCGAGUAGAGUGUCAUUCGGAAGGAGGCACUGCCUUUUUGAACGGACGGCGAUUCUCCCUCGUGGUGCUGGGUCAAGUGAGCGCCGCGCAAUUGAACGCCGAGCCCAAAUGGGCGUCGGAUUAG